AUGCCGCGCGCCUCAACACGCUCCUCCCUUCCCCGGGGCCAGGCCGCCAUCAACGCCUUCACAAGAACCACCAAGCCGGGAAUCACCGCCCCCAAGACCCUCCUCGACGGCAGCUGCGAUGAGAAGCAGGCCACCACGACGACACCAGCACCCACUCUUCCGGUCUCGCCUUCCAAGAAACGAAAACUGAAUGAGCUGGAGAAUGUCGACUGCGGCAGGGUAAUUACGACGGAGGAUUCGGUAGCCCCGCUCACCAACACCGGUCUAAUCAAGGAGGUGGAAGGGGGUUCUUUGAGUUUGAAGCCCUCGAAAUCUAUCCGUCGGACUAAGUCGUGCACACCGAGAAGUGGCCACUAUGCGACCUCGACCUCGACCUCGACUUCCGAGCGUGUUACGCGAGCUGGGAGUGACAGGAGAUCUGUGUCUGCGACAGCAGCACCCGCAUCCCCCGUGAAAAGGGCCUCUUCAGUUCGGAAGAGUCAUGUUCCGCGUCCUGAGCCGGUGCUCGAGGUUCGGCCCGCGUGUGUGGCGGAGUUGUUGAAUCUGCAUGCGGCGUUUGUCAAGGCGUUGACGAUCCAUGCUGCGCACUGGGGUCCUGGGGUCCCGGCUGACUUGCGGGAUUUCUUGCACAACAUGGAGCGUCUGUGGAAGAAGCGGAAGGUCGUGGUGGUGGAUUUGCAGCGUUUGGUGUGGGUUUGGGAGCAGAUGCAUUUACAACAGCAGCCGACAACGACGGGCCCUCGAUUUCGUCUGGCGAAUUACGGAUUGGGGAAGCUGUGUUUGGAGCGGAAGUCGAAGAAGGAAGGGCUCGUGGAUCACGUCAACGAGUCUGAGCUGCAGGCGCAGUUUGAGCAGGCCGUGGAGUCGCUGUGGGAGAAGGCGCUGGAUGCGGCAGGCGGGGAUGAGUCCCGGGUCGAUUUUAUGGCGACGCUGGGCUUGUCGGUGAUUCACGAGUCACUGGCGCCGAUGGCGACGUUCCGCAAGGGUCAGCAGCGGUUGCAGGAUUUGAAGGGCGGGAUCAUCAAGCUGAAGACGGAGAGGAUGCGCACGACGGAUUCGCAGGAGACUCAGAUUCCCGUGAAGACGCAGUCCGCCACGACGUCGCGCAAGAUGGGGCUGCUGGAUCGCAUCAAGGAGAAGGCCUUGCGGCAGUCGAAGCUGCCGCCACCGCCGUCGAAGGAGAUGAUCAUGCGCGGAGCGGCGGCGCAGCGGACCGAGGAGGUGGCCGGCGUGCUCUCUUUGUUGAGACCGGCUGGUUACGUGGGGAGUGGUCCCUCGGCGGUGGUGGCUGCUCAGCGGAAGCCGUUCCAGCUGGGGAUGAUCGUGCAGAACGUGCAGGAUUCCGUACGGAAUCCGAUCUCCGAGAAGGAGGUGGAGGUGUGUUUGGAGAUCUUGUCGCGGCCCGACAUUGCUGGUCAAUGGGUCAAUUUUGUCACCGUGAAUCAUUUCAAAUCGGUGGUUCUGAAGUCAUGUUCCGAUGUCAACCCCAAGGAUAUCGGGGCAAAGGUGUCUCAAUUGAAGAUUGGACUGGGAGAGACGGUUCCUGCAUCCGGGGCUUGA